AUGACAGUUAUGACAAUCUUCACUGCCGCCCUCGUCCUGGCGCCAUGGCUCCCCAGCUCAUGCAACGGUGCAAUCUUGACUUUCGCGGUUACCUUAGGUGUCGGUUCUGGAGGCGGAGCCGGUCUAGGCCCCGUCCUAAUCGCCAUUUUAAGUCCCAUAAGAGAGGUGGGGGUUCGUGUUGGCCUGACGCUCACCAUUGGGGCAAUUGGUGGUCUUACUAGAGAUGCCAUUGCUGCGCAGGAUGGGGCAAUUUUAGGUCACUUGUGUAUUAUCCGGCGUCAGUUAUUUGCUUUCGCUUCAACGCUUCAUGACCCUGCGGGUCCGGCGAGGGGAUCUGGAAGGUUACAUCCAAAGUAG